UAGUGUUAAAAUAGAAACAAGAAACGGUUAAAGAAGGUAGGCUAUCCCAAUUCCCAGCCAAGUAGAACGCCAAGUCACCAACGGCCACUUUGGGGGUCCCAGUUUUUGCACUCUCCAACGUCAAACAAAGGUCCGAUUCGUAUAAUGAUAACCGCAUUAUUUGAUUUAAGUAACUUCCUUCGUCUCCAACUUCUCUUCCUUUAACCUCUGUUAUCUGCAAACUUUUAGGGUUUAUUUCUUGUGAUUUUUUUUUUUUUUUGCGAUUUCUAGGGUUAAUCUCUAACAACCAUGUCUCUUACGGAGCAAACAUCAAACGAUCUUAAAGUCGCCAGUAUUAUAAUGCACAAACUUGGCGCAACUAUGAAAGAUUUCCAAUCUCACUCCUACUCGAUUUUCGCACUCAAUGAACAAUGGCGAAAUUUGCAGAAUAUUUUCGUAACUGCUCACAAUUCAUUGGAGAAUCGAGUCAAAGAGUUUGAGUCAAAGGAGAGAGAAUUCAAUAUAAAUAACAAUCAAAUCGAGAAUAUCCAGAAGGAGGUUGAGUUGAAGCAGAAAAAGUUGGAGUUUGAAGAGAAAUCAUUGAGUGAGAGAAUUGAACAAGUGGAGAUAAGAGAGAAGCAAGUGAAGGAGUGGUGUGAAGCUUUGGAGUUGGAAAAAACAGCGGUUAUUGAGCGUUGCGGAGCAGUUGAGAUGAAGGAGAAGUGGUUUAUGGCGGGUUUUGAGCGAAUAAAAGCGGUGGAUAUUGAAGAGAAGAAGGUUGAGGAGCGGAUGAGGGCGGUCGAGGAAAUGCAGAGGAUGGUGGAGAAGAGAGAAAAGGAAGCGAAGGCGGUGGCGGAGGAGAUGGAAUUGAGGGAGAAAGGAUUGAAGUUGAAGGAUGAUGAAUUGAGUAAACUUUUUUUGGUGUUGAAGGAGGAAAAGGAAGUUUUGGAAUUGAAGAAGAAAGAAUUGGAUGAGUUGUACAAUGUGGUUGAAUUGAAGGAGAAUGAAAUGAAGGAAACAAUGGAGAUUAAAGAGAAGGAAAUUAGUAAGUAUCGCGAAACGAUGAAUGAAGUGAGCAAGGAGAAGAAGUUGAAAGAGAUUGAAGUUAAUGAACAUUGUGAAAGUAAAUUGAAUGAAUCUUAUCAACUUGAAAAUUUAAUGGAGAAGAGAAGUGAUGACUCUCGAGAGAAACAAAGUGGAAGUUGCAGUUUGACACUAGUGAACAGGGAGCUAGUUCAUUCAGACAUUUCCAGAGUAACAUAUGCAGUGGAUUCAUCCUCAUCAAAAAUUGGUCAUGAUAUUCAUUCAUUGUGCAAAAACAUGAAUACUGAUGGUGUGCGAUCAUAUCUAAUUAACCAUGUCAAGGAACACUAUAUAUUGCAGGAGAGGGUAUUGGAUGCUAUCAGAUUUGCACCUAAUCCGGGAAAGCUUGUUCUUGAUGUGUGCCAAAGUUUCCACCAAAAUUACCCAGAUAAAGGCGAACAUGUUGCAAAUAAUAGUUGUAUCUUUCUCUUGGAGCAGUUUAGCAAGUUAUCAGCUCCAAUCACACGCGAUGUGGAAGAUGACGCGAUAUAUUUUGCUGGUGUGUUGAAGAAUUGGUUGAAGAAUAAUUGUACUCCUGCAGAUAAUUUUGGAUUUUUGCAGUUUUUAGCUGCGUUCAAGUUAGCAGGUUGUUACGAUGCAGAUGAGCUACUCCGCGUUCUUGGUCGUUUGUUUGGUGGGUCUGAGGUUUACCGGCAUGAGAAGCAAGCAUCAUUAUGCCGUGCAUUGGGACUUUCAGAAAAGAUUCCUGGUAUGCUCAUCCAUCUCCUCUACAAACUUAGCUUGUUGAUAUACUCUUUUUAG